AUGGAAGUUGACGACAACUUAAAAAUGAGCUUUCCACGUAUAAGUGAUGAACUUUCUACUAUUCCAAUCUAUAUUGAAAAAGCACCAUCUAAUCAAAGAAAAAUUGUUCAAGCUUUAAAAAAGAAUCAGAAGGAAGUUUUCCUUGCUGAAGUUGAAUUUUAUAAGAAAAUUCUUGAACUUCAAAUUGAACACCAAAAUAAUGUUAAUAAAAUAUUAGAUGUUCGUGCCGCUAUUAUUAAUGGAGAAAAACAAAUAACCGAUGAGGAUUGUGCUGAUGAGGCUAUCUCUAAUUUGACAGAUGAAGAUCAAGAGAAAAUCUUCCAAGGACCACCAACAAAUGAAAAGGGUAUUAAAGGAUUUUGGCUUCAUGUUCUCCAAGGAUUCACUGAAACAUCAGAAAGAAUUCUUGAGAAAGAUGAACCAAUUUUAGAACAAUUAAAAGAUAUCAAGCUUAACUUGUUCAAUAACGGAGAAAAUGACCAAGGAUUUACUUUAUCCUUUGUUUUCGGUGAAAAUGAUUUCUUCGAAGAAAAAGAGUUAGUCAAAACAUAUAAAACUUCUUAUCGUCCAGAAGAAGGCGAAGAAUUUUGGCUUUAUGAUGGAAAUCAUAUUGUUUCUGUUGAAAGUUCCAAGAUCACUUGGAAGCCAGGUAAAAAUCCAUUAGUAGGAAGACAAGGAAAAGAUUCCUCAUUAGAAGAAGCUUCAUCCUUCUUUGAAUAUUUUAUGGUUGCUAUUAAUAUCAAUGAGUGUUCUGAUGAAGAAGACAAAGAAACAGCUUUUGUUGAUUUUGAACUUGGUCAAUUAUUCCGGGAUGAGGUUGUUCCACGUGCUACUUUAAUGUACACUGGUGAAUAUAUUGGUGAUGAUAAUUUGGAUAUGUAUGAAGAUGAUGAAGAGGAGGAAUCAGAUGAUGAUGAAGAAAAUUAA